AUGGAAGGAUUUUACGGACUCGAGGUUGCUGCCGGCAAGCAGCAGGUGAAGCCGAAAAUUCCAGAGGGUUGUGCCCUGCGUAUUACGCAGCUCGCCGUCCCUGCCAACGCCAGCGGCACCAUCUCCAUCCUCGUAACCUUCGAGGAUAAGAAAUUCACCGUCGCUACGCUCGACCCGAAGAAAGGCAUCUUUCAAAUGAACACAGAUCUCGUUUUCACUGAGGCGCAGGCGGUUUCUUUCUCCGCGCAGGGGAGUGGCGUGGUUCACCUCACCGGCUAUGUUCAGCCGGUCGGUGCGGACGACCUCAUGAGCGACAUGCUUGACGAAGACGAGGAUGAGGCGAUGGGGGAGGUUCCAUCAGACAGCGACGACGAAGACGACAACACCCCACCCCAAGCCCCUCAGCGCAACACCGGUAAGCAAGCACCCGCGUCGAAGAAGGAUGAGGUCGCCAAGAAGGCGGCCGAGGAAGAUGACAGUGACCUUGACCUCGACGAGGAGGAUGACGAGGAUGAGGAAGGCGACAGCGACCUUGACGACGAGGAGGACGGUAAGGGUGCUGACGAGGAUGACGAUGAGGAGGACGAUGAGGAGGACGAUGAGGAGGACGACGAGGGUGAUGACGAGGGUGAUGACGAGGGUGAUGAUGAGGAGGACGACGAGGGUGAUGAUGAAGACGAGAGUGAGGAUGAGGCCCCAGCGAAGUUUCAACGCCGAGAGCAGCAAGGCCGUGGUGAUCGCGGUGGGAACCGCGGCAACUUCCAUGGAGGGGAUCGCGGCGGGAACCGCGGCAACUUCCGUGGAGGGGAUCGCGGCGGGAACCGCGGCAACUUCCGUGGAGGGGAUCGCGGCGGGAACCGCGGCAACUUCCGUGGAGGGGAUCGCGGCGGGAAUCGUGGUGGGGGCUUCCGUGGUGGGGACCGCGGUGGCUUUAGGGGCGGGAACCGAGGCGGGAACUUCCGCGGCGGACGCAACAAUUCUCGGGGGCGCCACUAG